AUGUUCAAGUCUGUUCUUAUCUUCGUCGCCCUUGUCUCUGUCGCCUUCGGACAAUCCGUUGCCCCAGCUGCCUCUGGAUCUGCCGUUCCAGUUGCUGUCCCAGUUGCCGUCCCUGUCAUGGUUCCCGUUAUGGUUCCUGUCAUGACCCCAGUUGCUGCCCCUGUGAUGGCUGCCGGAAAGGCACCCAAGGCCGCCAAGAAGGCCAAGACACCAUCUGCUUCCAAGGGAUCUAAGCUUUCCGCUUCUUCUGCCUCUUCCAAGUCUUCCAGACGUUAUUUGACUCACUUGCAAUAA